UAACACGCAUGUCAUUGGUCUGUUUCUCACGUCUGCUGAUGUGCCGGGUUGGGGUGUUAUCUGGCAACCCGAAAUUGUUUAGCAUUUUGUGGUAAUAUUCGUGUUUAUGUUAUCUUCUUUCUACGAGCUCUACUAGUGUUGUUCAAGCAGGGUGCAAACUGAUCUAGACGUAGCUAGCUAGCGCUAUAUUCGUAUCUGGCUAACUGGAGCUAACGUUGGCUAGCUGGUCAAUCGAUAUUUUUUAUUCGCAUUAGCGUUACAAUGGGUGAAGAAAUUAACGACAACCUCAAGAACACAGACAGUAUACCCGCUAAUAACACCAAUGUUGAGGAAAACGGCGAGACAGUGGAGGGGAGUGUAAAAUACUACACAUUAGAAGAAAUAAGAGUACAUAAUAUGAACAGUGACUCAUGGCUCAUCAUCCACGACAAAGUUUACGACAUCACAGGUUUCCUUGAAGAGCAUCCAGGGGGUGAGGAGGUUUUACUGGAGCAAGGAGGUACAGACGCAACAGAGAGCUUUGAGGAUGUGGGUCAUUCCACAGAUGCCAGAGAGAUGCUCGAGCAGUACUACAUUGGGGAGCUUCACAUGGAUGACAGAAAAAAGGAACCAACAAAGGAUGUAAUUGUCACAAAUUCAGGAGAGUCCAGCAGCUCCUGGACCACGUGGUUCAUACCCGCUAUUGCUGCAACUGUCGCUGGAAUCGUGUAUCGCUACUAUACGUUUGAACACAAAUCCUCUUGAGUGCUGUUUUCAUGUUAUUUUUUCAUCUGGAGGCCUUGAAAUGUUUGACCAAAACCUCCUUACACUGAACGCACACAAUUACUGUGUUUGCAUCCUUUGCAACAAGAAAAGGAGGGGAGCAGUUUGAUAAAGUACUUUUGUCCUUUGUCCAUCAAUAUGCAUAGAGUGCACCAAAUAGGCAGUUGGGUAGAGACUUUAUUAAAUUGUCUGCCUUCAGUUUCUUUGUACGUCAUUGUCACUAUGCCUGUUGUCAUAAUUGUAAAAUGUUAUCUUUAACUUUAAUAUUCAUGCAUUUGACUCAGUUUGGUCUUUGUAUGUUAAUUACCCAUAUGCCCAUUCUAAAAAAAACAUUUUUACACAGAAAAUGGACUGUUGAAGUGGAUGUUAGUAUGAUAUGAGUUUUUUUGUUUUUUUGUUUGUUUUUUUCAAAACGCUGCAAGUGUUUUUCCCUACAAUUUCUUAGUUUUAAUUGUCUGUGAAAUGUUACUGCCACGUAAUAUACAACUUAUGAGUUUAUUCAAUUGACUCCCUCUACACAGUUCUGGGUAAAAGACUGCUUAAUUGCAUUUAUCACUUGGUUUUAAACACAUAAUGUUUCUAAUCAUGUAAAUGACUGUUCCUUUUGAAAUUAGUGGUAAAUUAGAUUGUAUCAUUAAUUAAUUAAGGUAUAGAAUGUGUUAUGAUUUGUCCCUUUUUUCUACAGUUCUAUUACCAGGAAUUUCUGUAAAUGUUAAAAAUAUCUGAUCAAUAGAUGUGUAUAAAUUAAUGUAGUAUGUAAUAAAACAAUAUUUUACUACCCAGAUAUGAUGGCUGAAAAGAAACAACUAAAGUGAAUACCCUUGACAGAAGAGAACUAUUUGUUAUUUGAUUGUUUUUUUUUAAAUUAAUGAUGUUUAUUAUUUAACUGAUGCUUUUUCACAACUUUGUUUCAUUGUAGUGCAGCUUAAUUUUUUUGUUUUGGGUGAUUGAUACUGGCAGCUGUCAGUGGAGGACGUGAGUUGUUUAGAAUGAAGUCAAGUGUGCGUUUCUUGAUUGACUGCUGUUGGCAAACUGGUGGGCUUGGCUGUUGUCAUUAGAGCCAUAGAUGGGAGUCUUUGAAUCUACAAAUUGUCAUUGGGCAUAUUUAAUGUAAUGUGUUUCAGUUGUCUUUGAUUUCUUAGGGUUGCUUUUCAGAUCUUCGCACUGAUAAAUGUGUUUAGGUUUCAGUUCAGUUCAGGCUUUUCUGAACCAGACAUUGCCAUUAUUUUAUUUCAUACUACUAUUGGAAAAAGCAUUUUCCAACUACAAAGUAACAAUUUGAAAUCCAUUUACAGCCUGUUAAUAUACCAGAGUUCAUAAUUUAGGAACUUGCUGCUAUUUUUACAUAUGAUUAUUACUUGCAUAUUUGCAGAAAACUUGCUAGGUCGACUUUAAUUGCCAUUUGUUUGCAUUCAACUGCCAUUUCAUGUCAUUAAAAGCCUCUUUGAAUAAAAUUAAUCUUUAAAAGAA